AUGACUCUCCCGGCAGCUGGGAAGGAGCAGCAGCAGCUGGCGAUGCUUGUGCAGGCAUGGGCACCACGGCUCGCCGCCCAGCCAGGCUGGGGACGUGCCGGGAUUUCACCGGCCACAGACGACACCUUCGGCCAGAACACCAGGCAGCUGCUGAAAUGGCACAGAAGAGACUUUGAAAUCAAUCAGUAUUUUGAUCAGCACAUUAUGAUAGUGCCUAUUUACUUAAUUGCUGUGCUGCAAAGAUUUCACCAGGCUUCCAGUAGUUUCAGUGAUGUAGCUGCCAUUACAUUUGUUGACAGCAACCGCCCGGGCUUUGGGCUGCGGGGCUGGGUUAAUUCUUCCCCCCUGCGGCGCCGGACCCUGCGGGAGGGGAGCGCGGGCGGCCGCGGAGCGGAGAACGGGACGGGCGUCGAGCCCCCGCUGCACCUCUUCCCCGCGCCCGUGCUCACCGGCAUCACCGUCGCCUGCGUCCUCCUCUUCGUCAUCGGGGUCAUCGGCAACCUCAUGACCAUGCUGGUGGUGUCGCGGUUCCGGGACAUGAGGACCACCACCAACUUCUACUUGUCCAGCAUGGCCUUCUCCGACCUGCUCAUCUUCCUCUGCAUGCCCCUGGACCUCUUCCGCCUCUGGCAGUACCGGCCCUGGAACUUCGGGGACCUCCUCUGCAAGCUCUUCCAGUUCGUCAGCGAGAGCUGCACCUACUCCACCAUCCUCAACAUCACCGCCCUCAGCGUGGAGCGGUACGUCGCCAUCUGCUUCCCCCUCCGAGCUAAAGUCAUCAUCACCAAGGGGAAGGUCAAGCUGGUCAUCCUCUUCCUCUGGGCCGUCUCCUUCAUCAGCGCCGGACCCAUCUUCGUCUUGGUGGGGGUCGAGCACGAGAACGGCACGAACCCCCUGAGCACCAACGAGUGCCGAGCCACGGAGUACGCCAUCCGCUCGGGGCUCCUCACCAUCAUGGUCUGGACCUCCAGCAUCUUCUUUUUCCUGCCCGUGUUUUGCUUGACCGUGCUGUACAGCCUCAUCGGGAGGAAGCUCUGGAGGAGAAAAAGAAAGAACAUCGGUCCAAAUGCUGUCAUCAGGGACAAGAACAACAAGCAAACUGUGAAAAUGUUAGUUGUGGUGGUAUUUGCUUUCAUACUCUGCUGGUUGCCUUUUCACGUAGGACGAUAUUUAUUUUCCAAGUCCUUUGAAGCUGGAUCGUUGGAGAUAGCAGUGAUCAGCCAGUACUGCAACUUGGUGUCCUUUGUCCUCUUCUACCUUAGCGCAGCCAUCAACCCCAUCCUCUACAACAUCAUGUCGAAGAAGUACCGAGUCGCCGCUUGCCGGCUGUUUGGACUCAAACCCCUUCCAAAGAAAAGACUCUCCAGCACAAAGCAAGAAAGCUCGCGUGUUUGGACAAAACAGAGCGUUAUCACAUGACACGUGAUUUCCAGCACCAGAGCAUCACUUACCUGCAUUUCCCAGAAAGCCAUAACGAAGGAGAAAGAGGGCAAGAAAUACAAAUCGAAACGUUAAAGCUGUACUUUUGUCAUCAUCUGGAUUUGUUGAAAGAUGUAAUGUAGGCAGUUAGAGAGGGUUUUUUUUUUUAAAAAAAAAAAACCUAAACUUUGAGACUAUAAUAGGAGAGACAUGGUCACAGAAUUUGGCAACAUUCAAGUGUUAUUUUUCUGCUGCUUUUACCCAUA